GAGAACUUCCAAACAUGUCUCCUUCUGAAGCAGUCAUUACUAUUAACCUUGAGGAGGAAACCAAAAAUGGAGAUGAUGAAGGUUUCAAGUUGGUUUCAUACAAAAAAAGGAACCACAACAGAAGACCCAGUCCCAUAAAAGAUGUAGAGGUACUCCUCAAUGAUGUAUCAGCAGAUUGUUUAUGCAUUAACGAACAUUGGCUAGUACCAAACGAGCUUUACUCAAUAACUAUCAAAAACUACCAAAUGGUUUCAGGCUUCUCCAGGUCGGUGAUGACUCAUGGCGGUGUAAGUAUAUAUAUUAAAGAACCCCUAUCAUCUGUCUCAUUAAAUCUUGAGAAUUUAUCUAUUAAAAAACACUGUGAGGUAACAGGCAUUCUGUUAGAUAUACAUGACAUGCAGCUUGUCACUGUGUAUCGUACUCCUGAUGGCGACUUUGAUCAGUUUUUCAGUGCAAUGGUAAAAGCUUUUAAAAAACUAGAUGUUGACAAGCCUCUCAUUAUAACGGGUGACUUUAAUGUGCAUUUCGGUAAAAGGGAUAUUAGGGCAUUGGAGCUUUGCAAUUUCUUUAGGUCAUUUAAUCUGAGAAAAUCGGUAAGGUUUAAUACACUCGGUAACAAUUGUCUUGAUAAUGUUUUUACUAAUAUUGAUUGCUCAUUACUUACGUCUGAACCUGUUGAUCUAACUCACACCUCAGAUCAUAAGGGCAUAUUAUUUAAAUGUCAAGUGGCUCGCACAAACUUUAAAACUCGGAUAAACUACAGACCUAUUACUGAUGUAGGAUUGUCUACUUUAUGUAACACUAUGUCCUCUCUAGACUUUGAUAUUAUUGAUAAUAUGUCUCUAAAUGUGGAUUUGCGCUUUCAACUGUUUAUUGAUUCUAUAAAUGAUGCAAUUAAAUUUUCUUUUCCUGAAAAAUCAAGACUACUUGGGCAUGAUAAAUCUCCUAGGGUGGUGAAUUGGUUUGAUGGUAACUUGAGAGAUAUGCGGGAGAGGCUAAGGUUCCUUGUAUCAUUACAUAAAAGAGACCCCAUUCUCGUGCCAAAAGAAAUGUUAUCUGAUUAUAGGAAAAGGUAUAGACAUGCAAUUAAAAAUGCUAAAAUUAAAUCAAAUGAUGAUUUUAUUAUGAAUUCAAGGUAA